GACUGGGACUGGUUUCUAGAAACCAGUCGAUAGGCUAAAGUCCAAUGUCGCAGUUUUUCUGGGCAGCAAAAGAAGAGUCGUUUGCAAUUGAACGUGUUUGUUACGCAACUGGCAGCAUUGAAGCGACCUUUUCGCGCUCCGAAUUAGCAUUCGAGUCAAUUAUCAAAAUCUGUUGCUAUGAAUAAUUAAUGCCGAAGAAGUGACGAUAACAACCGUCGUUAGUCUCAACUGCUGGGUACUUAAUUCGGGCCGAGACGUAAAACUGGGACUUUUACAGUAGAACAAAAAGACGCUAAUUCCUUCGGGGGCCUUGAUGAAAUCCUGCUAACCCUGUUCCAAAGUUCAGUGCCGAGUAGUCGUUGUUUUUGGAAUCACCCAGUAUAAUUUUCGCAUAAAGUAGCCAUCAGCAUGUUUACCGCCAGGUGAAACCGCGCUUGCAUUCUGCAUUUCAAUGCAACGGAGGUCAUAAAACUGCUUCAUGCUAGCGUUUGAUAACUGAAGAAGGAGAUGGGAGCUUGAUGCGUGUCGGGCAUCAGGAAUUAUUGCUCCUGGGCACUUUUGGCGGAAUAAUAUAAACAAUAACGACAAUCACAUUUCUUAAUCCUCCAUUAUUCUUCCCAUAGUAACAUGUUGCGUAAGAGCCAAUUAGCUCGGUAACCCAGAGAGGCACGUAACGCAACCGGCAGGUCAAAGUGAAAUCUUCCAGGCAUGAAAACUAGGUUGCAGAUGAACUGUGAUGAGUCGUCAUGAGGAACUGGGUGCCGAUUAUUACAAUGUGAAUUUUCCGGUCUUAACUAAUAGUUUGUUAAUUGAGCCACUCGAAACGAAAGCUGGGACUGGUUCAAAGGCAUUUUCUCAUUAAUAAAUCGUUCCUACUUAUGCAUAUUGAUUGUUCGGUCAGCCAUUGCAAUUAUCGAACUGGUCCAACCAAGUGCUGGGAAAUGAUCGAAAAAGUUUGGGAAAUCGGAGCAAAACUUCCGCGCGUUUGCGGUGUUUAAUGCCACUAAUGGAUGGGCCAAUUAGCAUGAUGCUUUUACACUUUGCCCAUUCGAACAAUUAAUGUGUUUUUCGCGAUGCUCGCUUUAGUAUGUUUUUAUGCUAAUCAGCGGUUAUUAGUUGGCAAUAAUUACGUCUUGCUAAUGGCCGCCUCCUAUUUUUCCUCAGCAAUUAAGCGCAACUAAGUGUUGUUUUUUCAGUAGGCGACUCGUUUGGACUGUGGCCGAAGGCAAAGAAAAUGGUGAAAAAGUCACUAUAACAUGAAUGCUUAUGCUAUUUAGGGCAAUGGAGACUCUCUCAUGCGAUUCACUCACUGUUUGUUUUGUUUUCCACUCACUGUUUGUUCAACACAGUUGUGGAAAUUCGAAUGACCAGCGAGAAUCAAUCCCGGCCGCAGCCUUUCAAAAUGCGUUCCACUCGGUUGUAGAAUUGCGUUCUUGAAGCUGAAUGCUCGUUUACGAAAUGAACGAUAUUACGGAAUUUGCAGUUUGUAGCGGCAUAUAGUUAACCCACAUUUUAACAGCAACGAACGAACGCCAUCCGACCCGAAACAGGAAGAAAUGUUGUGAUCGAGCGGUGGUGGCUCUGAUUUGAAAGGAAAAAGUGACUGUGCGGCCAAAGUGAUUCGAAAUUCAUUGUUGUGACGUGAUUUUAGGGCCGUUUUCGAUCACAUAAUGAAGGGCAGGGAAAAGUUGUGCGCCAAAUUGUCGAGUGCUUUUUUGCGAAAGUGGU